UAGGUCUGACAUUUAAGUCGCCAUUACCGUGAAUACCACAGUUAAGUGACUAUCUAUCGUGGAAAAUUCAAUUGUUUGUGAGUUUCUUAGUCUAAUUUUCUGAAGAUUUAAUUGUCGAAAUAAGAGGUAAUCAUUUCCUUCCAUCCUUCAAAUGUGAUAAUCCCUUGGCAUUCCCUAAGAUUUCAGUUGCAAUUUUCAAUUUGAAAUCGAGGAUUGCCAAACAAUUUCACAAUAAAACGAAAUUCAAUUUGUUCAGAAAAUUUCCGUUAUUUCAAGUUUCACAAUGAAAAUCUUCGUUGCUCUCGUUGCCAUCGCCUUUGCCUUUGUUGGCGCCUCUGCAAAUAAACACUGCUAUGCUGAUGUUGAGAAUACCUGCAAUAACAAUAGUCCCGAUGACACCCUCCCCAAUUGCAAUGCUGUCUAUUCGGGCUUCCCCCAUGCUCAGCUGAAUCUUCAGGAAUUUACCGUGAUGCAAAUCCAAUCGUCCUAUGAGUACCUCCUGCUCUCAACCAAAUACAACACUCAUGUUAAAAAUCGCCCUGGAUUCGCCAAGAAAUUCCGCGAGUUGGCGGACAGAUCCUGGAAUCAUGGCAUUGACUUAAUUAAGCACAUUACAAAGCGUGGUGGCAAGAUGGAAUUCCGUGCUGUUGAAAAGCCCCGCCAUCUCUUUGGGCAUACCCUGGAAUUGGAUGAGCUGCAGAGUAUGGCUAUUGUGCUGGAAAAUGAGAAAUUCCUGGCUAAGGCUGCCCAUCAUAUUCAUCAAUCUGUUUCCCAUGCCAAUCACUCCACUCACUACGAUCCCGAACUGGCCCACCACAUGGAAGAGAAAUUCCUGGAGGAUCAGGCUGAGACUAUCCGUCAGUACUCAGGCUAUGCCAAUGACCUCAAGCACUUCAUGAAGGAGAAGUCUCAAGUGGCCUUGUCCAUCUUCCUCUUUGACGAAUACUUGCAGAAGGAGUAAGGUAGAGGCGUAAAAAAAUAAAUCAUGUUUAUGUGAAAAAUAAAAUAAAAUAAAUAAUUUUUGGGUAAUAAUGUUUUUGUUAGAUAAAAGAGCCAUAUGUUUUUUUAUUAAUAAUUAAAUACAUGUAAGGAAAUACCAUUGAACGUGAUAAUUCCAUGUAAUUUAGAAUGAUCAAAAUAAAAACCUCUGACAAAUACCAA